CGUUGAUCGUCCCACCAGUCGUUGACCAAGUAUUUCCGCGCGAAGUAGUCUAGUUUUUCGUCUCGUGAUUUUUUCCUCGUUCGCAAAUCGAUUUGUUUCGCGAAAUUCCCCGCCUCACGUUUCGGUAAACCAGACGUAUUUUUUUUCAGUACUCGCGUGUUUCCCCCACUCUUUGUUUUCUUUCGUACGCGGUUUACGAGCGCGCGCCGUUUCAAUAAGUUUGUUUUUUUUACUCGCGAGUGUACUCGAUCGAUCCACGUGUAAUCGUCGACAUGUCCGUGUGUCCAAAAUAUUACAAGAAAACGCCGAUCUACGUUGUGGAAGAUCACAACGAGGCCCUGCCGUUCAUUUAUCGGUCUGUCGGCUCGAAACAUCUCCCGUUUGAAGGCAAUACGUUUAUCCAUCUGGAUUCACAUCCGGAUAUGCUUGUGCCUAAAAAUAUGGCGGCUGAUACUGUUUGGGAUAAAAAUCAGCUGUUCAGUGAAAUCAGCAUCGAAAAUUGGAUUUUACCGGCGGCUUAUGCGGGUCACUUGAAACACUUGAUUUGGGUGAAACCACCGUGGGCUAAUCAAAUGGCUGAUGGAUUGACCAAGUUCUACAUCGGGAAGCACAAGGAGACCGGAUUUAUAAGAGUAACUUCAACCGAGCCGUACUUCGUUAGUGAAGCUCUUUAUGCCCUCCCCGAAGAACUGGAAAACACUCGCGAAAUUACCCUCCAUGUAUUAACUUUGGGUAGCUUCAUCGAGGAUGCAACAAAGAGGGAUGAUUUUAGCACUGUGAGCUCUGUUCUGCGUCAAUAUCUACCGGAAAAGGACACUCCGUACAUUCUCGAUGUCGAUCUCGAUUUCUUCAGCACCAGAAAUCCGUUCAAGACCCUCUACGAAAGAGCCAAUCUUUAUGAAAGACUCGCAACUCUGUACUCGUUCCAAAGACCUGAAACAACUGAUCCUGAGAUUCUCAAGGAAGCAGUCACUGCCAGAAACGAACAGCUCGACGAGCUCGAAGCUAUUUUCCAACAUUUGCAAGAACAUCGGAAUCUGCGAGGAUACGAAAACAUCUCGUCUCAUCGAUUCGAAGCGGUCGAACGCAUCUAUCACGAAGUAACGAAGGUUUAUGCGGACUCGGAAAUCGAUUGGACGUACGUCCACGACGCAGGCUGCACUCGAGACGACACCGAUCUUCCUCACCACGUGACCAGUCAAAACGAUCUCAAUCGCUUGAUCACCGGAACUUUCCGAGUUUUUCUAGCUUCUCUUCCAGCUCCGCCGACCAUCGUUACGAUUGCUCGAUCCAGCGAGGAUGACUAUUGCCCACCCGAAGACGUUGAUCAAAUCCAGGCAGGAGUACUCGACGAACUUGGACAACGACUUGGAUCCGAGAUUGACGUCAAGCUCGCUUAUCUCGAGGAAAAAGAAGUUUUGUAAUUUCAAUGUUGUUCGUCAUUUUUUAUAAUCACCGCAGAAUAACAUGAGGUCGAAUAAAUAAAGCUUUGCAUGCAA